UUGACUUGUGUUCUUCUUAUUAAGCACACCGAAAUCUCUGUUUUGUCCGUUGUUAAUACUUCGCCACAGUGCUCUGAUCCGCAGCGUUCUCGGAACUGAGAAAACAGCCAAGUACGAGUACCUCUCGACUCUAUGGCUUGACAACAUUAUAAUUGUAAUUAUGUCCCAUCAUUUCGGCAGCGACCAUACUCUGUCUGUCCGCAGCACGCAGUCUGGCUACAGUACAUGGACAUACUGCUGCGGAGUGCACGGAUCGCGCGUGUCGUUCGUGUGUUUUUCUUCAUGACAGCGGCGCUGCGUCCCGGCAGCGCCUGCCUGGCCGGCCGCUCUACAUGUUCACACCCCGGUCCAUCGUGGAAGGAUAUUUUGCCCGACGCACUGGACCACCGUCGCCAGGGCGGCCAGGUGAUGCUGCAGUUCCCCGGGGACAACGCUUCAGAGGCUGCGGCGCAGAUCGUGCGGCGUCCGCGACUGGGCGAGAGCGUCUCCUUCACCUGCCGCGUCCCAGCCGGCAGUGACUGGCGGAGUCUAUCCUGGCUGCACCGGCAACGGACCGUUUAUACGGAUGGCCAACCGUUGCCGGUGUCGGACGGGCAGCAGUACGCUUUCCGCCGCGACAACGACACCCUGACCUUUACCAUCGCCAACGUCUCGCUGCAGUCCAGCGGCGCGCUCAUGUGUGUGGACGAAUCCGUGUACGACCAGUACGGCGAUACGGUGACCCUGCAGCGCUACAGCCUCUGGCCAAAGGUCAUGCGGCCGCGCAAGUCUUCGACCCGCCCAUGGCGCCGCAGACAGUCAAGGUGGGCGACGCCGUGACCUUUGUCUGCUCCGCGCGCCUGCCGGUGGCGCAGCUCGUGCUGGACAAUUUUCAGCGGCAGCACGUGAUCUGGCGCCACAACGGCCGCGUUCUGUGGGCGCCCGCCGAGGAGCGGUACGCGUCGCGGCUGCCGUGCGGCGCUACCGGCUCGCAGAGCCGACAGGCCGGGAAGUUUGUCAACCGGCCCGGACACACCGCGCAGAGUCAUUUCCACUUUCCCCGCGUCACUCGCAUCGACAACGGCAGCGUGGAGUGCUGGUUCCGGCCGCAUGCCGACCGCCACGAGUGGCUCGUGCAGACGGCGCAGCUGCGGGUCGAACGGAAAUAG